GCGGAGGCUUGGGGUCUGGGGGAGGAGUUUUGAUGCACGUUUUUGAGGGGAUUGAAGCUGGGGAAAAUUGCCACUCAUGACGAUCAACGUCAACUUCAUGAAACUGAGUAUCACGAAUUGCAAAUUUCACAAGUGCAAAGUAAUUCUGUUUUGAUCUCAUUUUUACCGCAUUACUGAUCGCGAUGGUGGUUGCAGGUGUGAGCGUUGCCCAUGGUGUUGAUGCUCACUGAGAACGCGACCGUGAGCUUAGUGCUUUCAACCAAAGAACACCAAAUUCGACAUCAUGCCUUUCAUCAGAACCUCCAUCUUAUUCUAUUCUCGCUCACUUUAGUAAUAGGUUGUCUUAAAAUGUCUCCAAUGGAGGCGCCGCUGUUCAGAAGCCCGCCACCUGCGGACAGUGCCUUACAGCUGCGAGAUGACAGCCUCAUCAGUGCAAAUGGCCGCCAAUAAUGCCAUCGCUCACGUCAACAACAAAAGCCGGCCCCACGCUUUUCGUUUCUUCUCUGUUCAUCUCACGAUCGAGACGCGGCAAUACUGAACAUCGCUGUGAUAACUCAAACCGACUCCAUCGAAUUCAUGCAUCAAGAUGGAACAGCAUCAUGUCCACCACCAUCAUCACCAUCAUUAUCACUACUACUACAACGACCCUUUUCCGCCUGGCCUACCUCCGAAUGCCCAGGGAAAUGGCGAGCCUCUGAAUCCAGAGGCGGCCGGCCGCGAUGAUGACGAGCCAUCGGCUGAGGAGGAUGGGGAGCACAGUGAGAGGGGUGAUACCGAAGACCAGCACAACCCCGAACGAGCGCCCGCCCAGAGCAAAAGAAUAAGCCUCGAAAAAGCAGCCACAUAA